AAUGGUUGCCGCGAUCGGUUGCGGACUUCUCUAGGCCGGUGCGUGUCGUCGUCGUCGUCGUCGUGUCCGGUCAUUUGUGGAUAAGGUGGUUUCGCUACCUCCGGUGAAGCCGCGAAUUAUACAUAGAGUGGCGGAGAGCGGGCGGUCCACAGGAGUGUGCUAGGUCCUGCUUGUUCGGUGUACGACGGGCACACCAACGUCAUCAGUCAACCGGAAGAAGGACGUCAGUGUAGUUGUACGCUUCGAUGGUCACACCUCUAAGUUAAAGUAAACAUUGGAUGAAUUUACAGAAAAAAGUGUUUUUGGGGGUGUCUUCCUGAAAAGAAAUUCGCAUCCCCUUUGUUGGCUGGUGAAGCGUGCUACUGCUGUCGUGUGAUGGUGAAUGAAUGUUUGUGACAUAUACGACGCCGCCAGGAAUUGGCACCUCGUGCAACGCGUCCCGCCACGAUUUUCAUCCCCAAGUCCACCGGGAAGGUCCCCGAAAGAUUCGCGCAAACGAUAUCGUUUGGAAAAGUUUCGGCAAAGUGUUGUGUGUGAGUGAUCUACGACGUUAGUGGAAGCAAAACCAUGUGCAUUGGCCAACACUACCAAGAUAGUGGUGUUCCGUUGGAAAAGUGUGCUCGUAAAUCGUUACUACCGGCUCGAAGCAGGCAGCUAUAAAGUUGAGCAGAUCCUUUCCAUCGUGUGCUCAACUGCCAGGAUAACGGAGUGAGGAAGCUAGAGAGCAUCAGAACAGCAGCAAGUAAGAUCACGCCUGAUGAGUUUGACGUCGCAGCAAAUCGCCAUCGCACACGUAAACUACUAGCGAAGGUAUCACGUUUGAAAGGCAGAAAUAUUGCAGCAAAAGACAGAUCAGCAAGCAGUUGCGCUCCCAACAAUGGCUUCCAACAUACACAAAUGGGAAAAGCUCUCGCCAAGCGAAUUCCAGCAGCUUCAAGAUUUAGCCUCAUAUUCGACGAAAAAGCUUCAAAACGUACUGCAAGAGUUUUGUUCGCCGGCUACACCGUCCGCUUCAAGGUUCCAUCCAGAUGGGGACAUCGACUAUGAUGGUUUCCGAAAGUUUCUGGACUCGUUUCUGGACUGCGAAACGCCCGAGGACUUGUCAAAGCACCUGUUCAUAUCAUUCCUGCAGCCGGCCCUCUACCAGGCCCAGCAGCAACAGCACAGCCACGGGAAAGCGCUCAGUCAAAUGGCGGCGAUUAGCAGCAAUGCAGCCUGCGCUCCCGUAACGUCUCACAAUCGAGGUUCCAUCCCGAACCUGAACAGCAUAGUAGACAUUCCGACACCGCAACCGUCCCAGGAAUCGCAGCGGAACAGCUUCGUCGAGCGGAUACACGGGCUCACCGAUAAGUUGCAGUCACUCGGGCAUCUCGGUCUCGAUGGAGGUGGCGACCGUGACAGCAGCAACAAGGGCAAAUGCGGCACCGUUCACCCGAUGCUGACGGUGACGCCUAGCCCGAUGGGCUGUACACCGCCGAUCCUGCAGCCACCGUUCCGCCGUUCGGCCGAUUCCAGUCCCUCGCACUCGCACUCGCACAGCCACUCGCAGAUUUCCCGGAACUCUUCGCGCAAAAGCAACAACUCGGUCAACUGUCGUAUCGAAGAUGUGCGGCUGAUUCCGAGAAAGCAAUCAUUUUUGGAUCCGUUGCUGCUGAAGGUACCGCUCAAGGACGUUGUCUGCUAUCUUUCGCUGCUGGAGGCAGGCCGACCGGAGGAUAAGCUGGAAUUUAUGUUCCGGCUGUACGACACGGACGGAAACGGUGUUCUCGACACGACCGAAACGGAUGCAAUCGUCAAUCAGAUGAUGUCGGUAGCGGAAUACCUCGGCUGGGACGUGUCCGAGCUACGGCCGAUUCUCCAGGACAUGAUGACCGAGAUUGACUACGAUGGUGAUGGGUGCGUUUCGCUGGAAGAAUGGCAACGCGGUGGCUUGACAACGAUCCCGCUGCUGGUACUUCUCGGCGUCGAUAACACGCUCAAGGAGGACGGAUAUCACGUGUGGCGAUUAAAACAUUUCAGCAAACCUGCCUACUGCAACAUGUGCCUCAAUAUGCUUGUCGGGCUCGGGAAGAAGGGUCUCUGCUGUGUUCUCUGCAAAUACACCGUACACGAGCGUUGCGUGCAGCGGGCACCAGCUUCCUGCAUCGCCACCUACGUAAAGUCGAAAAAGUCAAAGGCCACUGCCACGUUCCAGCAUCAUUGGGUCGAAGGGAACUGCUACGGGCGCUGUUCGAAAUGCCGCAAGCGGAUCAAAGCGUACAAUGGAAUUACUGGACUGACUUGCCGCUGGUGCCGCAUGAUGCUUCACAACAAGUGUGCCACACUGGUGAAGGCUGAGUGUACGCUGGGAGAGUUUGCAAAUCUCGUCCUACCGCCAACCUCCAUCUGUCCGGCCGUGCUCGAUCGUCAGAAAUCGAUCAAUUUCACCACCAACAAGGGAAAGAGCGUACCAUCGACAAUACACUUCCAAAUCACCAGCGACCCGGGCUGGUGUCCGCUGCUCGUAUUUAUCAACCCGAAGAGUGGCGGCCGGCAGGGCGAUCGAAUCCUGCGCAAGUUCCAGUACCUGCUGAACCCGCGCCAGGUGUACGACCUGUCGAAGGGUGGCCCGCUCGAGGGCCUCACGAUGUUCAAGGACGUGCCCAACUUCAAGGUAAUUUGUUGCGGUGGUGACGGUACGGUCGGCUGGGUGCUGGAAGCCAUGGAUAGCAUCGUGCUACAGUCGCAGCCAUCGAUCGGUGUGAUCCCGCUCGGUACCGGCAAUGAUCUGGCACGCUGUCUGCGGUGGGGCGGCGGGUACGAGGGUGAAAGCAUUCCCAAAAUAUUGGACAAGAUCAAUCGUUCCUCGGUCGUAAUGCUGGACCGUUGGAGCAUCGAGGUUAAGAAUAAUCCGCUGGCCGCCGAAGAGACGCCCACCGUCACAGGCAUGCCCGGGCACAAGGUGACACUGUCCGAGAACGUGCAGAAGGUAAUCGAGCUCUCGCAUCGCAUAAUUGCUGAAAAAUCUGUGAUCCAAACCAACGAUGAUGUUGAUGUUGAAAAUAGUACAAACGCGACCGAGCUACCAACCAACAACGGCACCGCGAUGCAACCGAGUGACAAUAAUGGUACCGCGGGUGGGCCGGACCGGGGUGAGGUCAUCACCACCGCCACACCACCCCCGACACCGACCUCAGCCACACUGGGACCUACCGAAGGCCGCCUCCUAAUGGACGGUUUCAUAGUCGAGCAUGCCAAUAGGGCGGUGGGCACGGUCGCGCUGACCAACGGUGAUGCAACGGUAGUGUCCGGUGUCGACACGGCGGCUAACACCAAUACUAACAGCACCGAUACCGAUAACGGGACGGCCGUGUGUGGUGGGAACGAUACAGCGCAACGUGCAGCGGACGAUACCGUGAAUAGUUCCUAUCACCAGCAGCAGCAGCAGCAACACCAUCACAGCAACGGCAGCACCAUGGACAAACCGAGACCGGAGAAGAAAAUUAUCGACCUACCAAAGUUGAUAAAACCGCAGGUCGGAUCGGAAUUCACCGUCCCGUACAACAUUGUCAAUAACUACUUUUCCGUGGGUGUGGAUGCCGCAAUCUGUGUAAAGUUUCACCUGGAGCGAGAGAAAAAUCCGCACAAAUUCAACAGCCGGAUGAAGAACAAGCUGUGGUACUUUGAGUACGCCACCUCGGAAACGUUCGCUGCGUCCUGCAAGAAUCUGCACGAAAAUCUGGAAAUUGUGUGUGAUGGCGUCUCACUCGAGCUAGCAAACGGUCCACAGCUACAAGGUAUUGCGUUACUAAACAUCCCCUACACGCACGGUGGUUCCAAUCUGUGGGGUGAACAUCUGUCCCAGAAACGAAUGCGCAAGGGUCCGUUUCGGAAGAAGCUUAAAAACUCCGACAAAGAGCUGUCGGCAAAUAGCUUCAACUCGGUCGAUCUUUCCAUCGCCAUACAGGACAUUGGUGAUCGUAAGAUAGAGGUGAUUGGGCUGGAAAACUGUCUUCAUAUGGGUCAGGUACGGACGGGUCUACGAGCGUCCGGACGACGGUUGGCACAGUGCAGCGAAGUCAUAAUGACCACCAAAAAAACCUUCCCAAUGCAGAUCGAUGGUGAACCCUGGAUGCAGGGACCGUGUACGAUCAAGCUAACCCACAAAAACCAAGUGCCAAUGCUGAUGGCACCCCGGUCAGAGAAGGGUAGCGGAUUCUUUAGCUUUCUGAAGAGAUGACUCACGAGAAAAUCGAGCAGCGAUGCCGUCCCCAUCGAGGCCUAAUAAGGACGGUAGUUUUUGGUUUUCCACGCGCCAUUCGAUCACCACCAAGGCCAGCUAGCAGAAGGAUCUGAGCAGAACGUAAACUGAUAGCUUUAAACUUAAACGAACCAAAAAAACAACAACAAUCCCCUCCACGUGUUGAACCAGUACGUAUCCUACAGCAUCAAGGUCAGCAUCAUAAAAUUCACACCACCACCAACACUAACUACCCUCCACGUCCGCGACCAAUAUAUCUAGUACAAAUGUUGAAGAACUAAUCAAAACCACUACCCUGACCGUCACAAUCCGCCUCCCCUAUACUACUAGUAGAGAUCGGUUUCGGUUCGCAGUGGGUCGAUCAUUAGUGGGUCCUUCAAGAUGGGAUGAACCGCCAUUAAGCUCUCUGAAUUCAUUCUCUCGCCCAUGAGCGCACCCUACAACACCUAGCCUUAGGAUCUGUUUCAUCCUUAAUCGUAUCUCUUAAGAUCCUCAAAGUGUAGCGCGAGUAUUGCUGUCCAAGUCCAUGGUUUUAAAAGGUGGCUCGUCAAACGAGCUCGCCCUCUGUUUGUUAACUCAAUAGUGAUAGCCGAGCACCGUUGUUGUUAUAUGUUUCAGCCGUUCAUCGUGUAGAGUCGGUGUCACUGUCGUCGGUUGAUAUAUGUUGGAGUUACAUCUAUAGCUAUAAGCAGACACACAUCUCGUUUUGGCAACUCCUAUACUCAUAAUCUCAUCUGCACCGGAAUCGGUGAAUCUGCGUCGUGUGGUUCAUGUGUGCGUACUCCCUGUUCCCGGUAUUGGUUGAGAAUAUACAACACCUCUUUACUAUAUCUACUAUAUUUACCCCAAAAGCAUAUUAUAUACCAACCUAGCAACCAUCCUCGAAACUGAACAUCGUGGUGUGUGUAUCGUACAAAAGGAAAAAAAAAAACAAAACACACAUAAGGGGGAAAACGCGACAGACAUAUUUGUUCGCUGUGCUGUGUGACUGGUUCAUGUGCUUUAAAUACCAAUGGAAUAUUUUACAGGUCCCGGCUUGACUAGCCGGUUGGGAAAGGUUGGAAGAUCAGCAACGAAAGGACCUGGAAAAGCUCGUCCUUCUCUUUUCCUCUCGUUAGUAACCACAAAUACAUAUCUUUGGGGAAGAAGGCAGCAUUUUAAAUCUUUCAGUUACAUUUUCCUGUACAUUUACAAAGAAAUUUAAAUGAUCCCUUCCUUUGCUUUUUAAUGGGCUCUCUUGUUGCCGAUCUUCGACUCGACUCGACCGCCAGCAGUCAAUCCCGGGAUAAAGUAUUUCUAAUCAAUGUUGAGUACCGGUGUAUAGUUUCUACACCUCCAUCGGGAGGGAUGAACUAAGCUUAACUCUAUGUGGUGUACGUGUGUGUGUCUCUAGCUCUAGCAAACUGCACAUACUCUGGCGAAAAACAGACUACCGUAGUGAGAACGAUCGUGUUGUUGAAUCUCACUCAACCAAUACAGCGAACGCCAUGUCCCUUCCGCCAGGGGCUAACGGGCGAUCUGUACAUAUUAUAGAUCUAUCGUAAAACCUAAAUCUCAUAUUAAAGGAUAUUGUUUUCGCAGUGUUUUGCUAAUCACAACUCGGUCAUCAAGAACAAAAAAAA